AUGAGCACAUUUGAUACGGACUUAAAUAUUAAUAUAGACUUAGACAUUAUUAAAAGCACGUUAGAUGUAAUUGGAGCUAUCAGAGAUGCAGCUCAACCAUACUUACCUCUAAUUUCAACA